GGGCGAGGGGUUGGGGAAUUUGGGGGAGAAUCAGCUGGGGAGGCAGCCAGCCUGGUUGGUCGCCCCGGAGCAUCUUUCCACCUCCACCUCCCCGGUAUUGCCAAGCAGACAGUCGUGCCUCCUCAGGGCAACCUCCACCUCUGUAGCAGCUGAAUAGCAGCACUAUUACCUCCUUUUGUCCCUUUAAGUGUGCAGAUGGGACCUAAGUCAUUUCCCACAACGGACAACUCCAGCGAUGACCUCUGUUCUUCACUUCUAUGUCCAUCCCUCUGGCCAUGAGAGGGCAGCUUCAGAACACACUCAAAGGAAGCUCCAAGGGAAGCUGCCAGCACUGCAGUCUGUCAAGACAGAGUUGUGCUACAAUGUGAACUGGACAGCCAAGUCCCCCCCAAACGCUGAAGAGAUGAAGAAGCUGAUGUGGCUUUUUGGUUGCCCCUUGUUACUGGGUGAUGUUGCUCAGGAGUCCUGGCUCCAUCCCGACUCUAGUGACCUGCUGCUGGAGGUUGGGCCCAGGCUGAACUUCUCCACGCCAGCAUCCACCAACGUCGUGUCAGUGUGCUGGGCUGCUGGGCUGGGGGCUGUGGAUCGUGUGGAGACUACCCGGCGCUACUUGCUCUCGUUUGCCCACCCCCCGUCAACGGAGAUGGAGACCAUCGCUCUGGCUACCCUGCAUGAUCGGAUGACAGAGCAGCACUUCCCCCAUCCCAUCCAGAGCUUCUCCCUCGGGAGCAUUUCCACACCUCUCAACGGCCAUAUCAACAUCCUGGCUGAGGGCCGGUGUGCCCUGGAGAAAGCCAACCAGGAGCUAGGCCUGGCACUAGACUCCUGGGACCUAGAUUUCUAUACCAAACGCUUCCAGGAGCUACAGAGGAACCCAAGCACUGUGGAGGCUUUUGACUUGGCUCAGUCCAAUAGCGAGCACAGCCGACACUGGUUCUUCAAGGGCCAGCUCCACAUGGAUGGUCAGGAGUUGGCACACUCCCUGUUUGAGUCCAUCAUGAGUACCCAGGCAUCCUCGAACCCCAACAAUGUGCUCAAGUUCUGUGACAACAGCAGCGCAAUCCAGGGGAAGGAAGUCCAAUUCCUAAGGCCCGAAGACCCCACUCAGCCAAGCUGCUUCCAGCCGCACCGGGCACUGAGACAUGUAGUCUUCACAGCAGAGACCCACAACUUCCCCACAGGAGUAGCCCCCUUCAGUGGUGCGACCACAGGCACAGGGGGCCGGAUCCGAGAUGUCCAGUGCACGGGCCGAGGGGCCCACGUGGUGGCUGGCACUGCUGGCUAUUGCUUUGGAAACCUGCACAUCCCAGGUUAUAAUCUGCCUUGGGAGGAUCCAAGCUUCCAGUAUCCUGAGAACUUUGCCCGGCCCCUGGAGGUUGCCAUUGAGGCCAGUAAUGGGGCUUCUGAUUACGGCAACAAGUUUGGGGAGCCCGUGUUGGCCGGCUUCACCCGCUCCUUCGGACUCCAGCUCCCAGACGGCCAGCGUCGUGAGUGGAUCAAGCCCAUCAUGUUCAGUGGGGGCAUCGGGUCCAUGGAAGCCGAGCAUGUGCGCAAGGAGCCCCCAGAGCCAGGCAUGGACAUUGUAAAGGUCGGGGGUCCUGUCUAUAGAAUUGGAGUUGGCGGUGGAGCUGCGUCAUCUGUGCAAGUGCAGGGAGAUAACACCAGUGACCUGGACUUUGGGGCUGUGCAGCGGGGAGACCCGGAGAUGGAACAAAAGAUGAACCGUGUGAUCCGGGCAUGUGUGGAGGCUGCCAGGGGCAACCCUAUCUGCAGCCUCCACGACCAGGGUGCUGGUGGCAACGGCAACGUCCUGAAGGAACUGAGUGACCCCGCCGGAGCUGUCAUUUACACCAGCCGCUUCCAGCUCGGGGAUCCAACCCUGAACGCCCUGGAAAUCUGGGGGGCUGAGUAUCAGGAGUCAAACGCACUUCUGCUGCGGCCCCUGGACCGGGAUUUUCUCAGCCGUGUCAGCGCCCGGGAACGCUGCCCGACUUGCUUUGUGGGCACCAUUACAGGGGACAAGAGAAUAGUGCUGGUGGAUGAUCGGGAGUACCCUGUUGGGAGAAAUGGCCAUGAGGAUGCCUCCCUCUCAUCUCCCCCAACCCCCGUGGACCUGGAGCUGGAUUGGGUGUUGGGCAAGAUGCCUCGGAAGGAGUUCUUCCUCAAGAGGAGUCACCCCGUGCUGAAGCCUCUGGCCUUGCCCCCAGGUCUGCGAGUGCGCCAGGCCCUGGAGCGCGUCCUGAGGCUGCCUGCUGUGGCCAGCAAGCGCUACCUCACUAACAAGGUGGACCGCUCUGUGGGUGGCCUGGUGGCACAGCAGCAGUGCGUUGGACCCCUGCACACCCCUCUGGCAGAUGUGGCAGUUGUGGCGUUAAGUCACCAGGAGCUCAUUGGAGCCGCCACAGCUCUGGGAGAGCAGCCAGUCAAAAGCCUGCUGGACCCAAAGGUUGCUGCCCGACUGGCUGUGGCUGAAGCCCUCACCAACCUGGUGUUUGCUCUGGUCACCGACCUCCGGGACGUGAAGUGCAGUGGGAACUGGAUGUGGGCAGCCAAGCUCCCAGGAGAGGGUGCGGCCCUGGCCGACGCCUGUGAGGCUAUGGUGGCAGUGAUGGCGGCCUUGGGUGUGGCGGUGGAUGGUGGCAAGGACUCUCUCAGCAUGGCCGCCCGGGUCGGCUCUGAGACAGUGCGGGCACCUGGAUCACUGGUCAUUUCAGCUUAUGCCGUCUGUCCAGACAUUACAGCCACUGUGACCCCAGACCUCAAGCAUCCUGGAGGGAGAGGCCAUUUGCUGUACGUGUCUCUGAGCCCCGGGCAACACCGGCUAGGGGGCACGGCCCUGGCCCAGUGUUUCUCGCAGCUAGGCGAGCAGCCUCCCAACCUGGACCUCCCUGAGAACUUGGUGCGUGCCUUUAGCGUCACCCAGGGGCUGCUGAGAGACCGCCUCCUCUGCUCAGGCCAUGAUGUCAGUGACGGGGGUCUCAUCACCUGCCUGCUGGAGAUGGCCUUUGCUGGGAAUUGUGGGAUAGAGGUGCAUGUGCCUGCCCCUGGGGUCGAUGCAUUGUCUGUCCUGUUUGCUGAGGAGCCGGGCCUGGUGCUGGAGGUGCAGGAGUCCGACCUGGCCCAGGUGCUGAAGCGCUAUCGGGUUGCAGGCCUCCACUGCAUGGAGCUGGGCCCCACGGGUGAUGCCGGGCCCCACGCCUUGGUGCGAGUAUCGGUGAACGGGGCCGUGGUCCUGGAGGAGGCUGUUGGGCAGCUCCGAGCCGUCUGGGAGGAGACCAGUUUCCAGCUGGACCGGCUGCAGGCAGAGCCCCGCUGCGUGGCCGAGGAAGAACAGGGGCUGAGGGAGCGGAUGGGGCCCCGCUACUGCCUGCCCGCAGCCUUCCCCAAAGCUUCCGUGCCCCGUGAGCCUGGUGGGCCGGUGCCCCGAGUUGCCAUCUUGCGAGAGGAGGGCAGCAACGGAGACCGGGAGAUGGCCGAUGCCUUCCACUUGGCUGGCUUCGAGGUGUGGGACGUGACCACGCAGGACCUCUGCUCUGGGGCAAUCAGUCUGGACACGUUCCGUGGCGUGGCCUUCGUGGGCGGCUUUAGCUACGCAGAUGUCCUGGGCUCUGCCAAAGGGUGGGCGGCCGCUGUGACCUUCCACCCAGUGGCCAGGGCUGAACUGAGGCGCUUCCGGAAGCGGCCCGACACCUUUAGCCUGGGCGUGUGUAAUGGCUGUCAGCUGCUGGCUCUGCUGGGCUGGGUAGGAGGCAGCCCCAGCGAGGAGGCCAAGGAGACCAAGGAGACCAGCCUGGACUCCUGGCCAGCCCCGCCCGGCCUUGUGCUGCGCCACAACCUGUCUGGACGCUUUGAAUCUCGCUGGGCCAGCGUGCGGGUGGGGCCCGGGCCGGCCCUGAUGCUGCGCGGGAUGGAGGGUGCCGUGCUGCCCGUGUGGAGCGCUCACGGGGAAGGUUACAUGGCGUUUUCUUCUCCGGAGCUCCAAGCCCAGAUUGAGGCCAGGGGCUUGGCUCCGCUGCACUGGGCAGACGACAAUGGGAAGCCCACAGAACAGUACCCCAUGAACCCCAACGGGUCUCCAGGAGGGGUGGCCGGCGUCUGCUCCCUUGAUGGCCGCCACCUGGCUGUCAUGCCUCACCCUGAGCGGGCUGUGAGGCCCUGGCAGUGGGCAUGGCGCCCUCCUCUGUUUGACACUGUGACCACCUCCCCCUGGCUCCAGCUCUUCAUCAAUGCUCGAGACUGGACCCGGAAAGGAGGCUGCUGAGCAGGUGGGGGGUGGGAGGGGGUUCUGGGGCCUGACCAGGGCCUGUGCCCAGGGUCCUCUGUCCUCCCUGUCCUCAAAUUCAGAAGCAUCUCACCCGAUCUCCAAAUAUGCCUUGGACAGACAAAGGGCCUAAAUGCCAAGAAAAAACUCAGCUGGGAUCCCUGGGUGGCACAGCGGUUUAGCGCCUGCCUUUGGCCCGGGGCGUGAUCCUGGAGACCCGGGAUCGAAUCCCACGUUGGGCUCCCGGUGCAUGGAGCCUGCUUCUCCCUCUGCCUGUGUCUCUGCUUCUCUCUCUCUAUGU